UAGCGCUGAAGGCGACGACGCGGCGCGUCACCGCAGGCGACCAUCACCAUGGCGGCACACGAGAGCACCGACGAUGGCCAGCUUUCCAGGGAUCGACUUCUCGCCGAUCCCAGAGGCUCGGUACGACGACGUCAUCAAACACCUGCGGGACAACUUCUUCGCCGACGAGCCCCUCAACUGCUCGGUGCGGCUCUGCCAGCCUGGAGAACCACACGCCGAGCUGGAGGAGCACGCACUCAGCACGCUGAGGGACAGGCUGUCUUGGAUGGCCGUGGACACAGACACCGGGCAGGUGGUGGGGGUGGCGCUGAACGGCGUGUCGCGGCGUGGCGACCUGGCCGAGGCGCAGGAGCGGCUGGCCGCCGUCUCGGACGACAAGUUCCGCACCAUCUUCGGACUUCUGUACGGCGUCAACCGCCGGCUGGACCUGUUCGCAGCGCAUGGCGUCGACCAGAUCUUCGAGUGCCGCAUCCUGUCAGUGGACUCGCGGUACCGAGGUCGCGGUCUAGCCAGGCGCCUGCUCCAGCUGAGCGAGGGGACAGCCAGGGAGAGAGGCUUCAAGCUGCUGAAGGAGGACGCCACAGGCCUCUUCUCACAGCGGGUCGCAGAAUCCCUGGGUCUGCAGACGGCGUGCCAGGUUCGCUACUGCGACUACACCGCCGAGGACACUGGUGAGAUCGUCUUCCACACGCCGCAGCCGCACGACUGCCUCAAGAUCAUGGUAAAGGUGCUCGACUAA